AUGGGUGGCCAGGGCAGAGAAGGUGGCAAGAAGAAGCCGGACAAGGCCCCCAAGAAGGCCCAAAAGGAGCUAGACGAGGACGACAUGGCUUUCCUUGAGAAAAAGAAGCAGCAGCAGAAAGAGUUGGAGGCGAUGAAGUCAAAGGCUGGUGGAAAGGGGCCUCUCAAUACCGGAACCCAGGGCAUCAAGAAGAGCGGUAAGAAAUAA